AAACAAACAAUAGUUUAUUCACUCAAAAUUCUGCAGGAAAAGAUUCAUUUUUUCUCAAUAUUUUUAAUUUAAAAUAGGGAUUUUUUAAUAUUUAAUGACUAAAUAUGAGUGAUUUAUUUAAGUCGGCCCUAGAAUAUUUCAGCGGGCCAUCAAAUGGCCAAAUCGAGAACAGUUUUGUGGGCCAAACUGUUGAGGUAUCCAAUGUCAAGUUGAAAAUCAAAAAAGUUAUUGCAGAGGGUGGAUUUGCAGUAGUUUUUGUUGCACAAGACAUUGCCACAGGAAAGGAUUAUGCCUUAAAGAGACUACUAGCCGCAGACGAGGCUGCUAAGAAGAAUAUUAUACAAGAGAUAAACAUUUUAAAGAAAAUAUCUGGUCAUCCAAAUAUUAUACAGUUUCUCUCUGCUUCAUUUAUUGAUAAAUCCCAAACACAACAUGAGCAAAAUGAGUUUCUACUUAUUACAGAAUAUUGUCCAGGUGGCUCAAUGGUAGACAUUUUACAAUCCAGGACUGCACCUUUUGAUCCUGAAAUAAUCACAUCCAUAUUCUACCAGACAUGUCGAGCUGUGGCCCACAUGCACUCUCAAACCCCACCAAUACAACAUAGGGAUCUGAAAAUUGAUAAUUUACUUAUCAGUGCACAAGGAACAAUUAAGUUAUGUGAUUUUGGAUCUGCUACCCAGGAAGUAUUUAGGCCUGACCUAACUUGGUCUGCUAACCAGCACAGUAGUUUGGAAGAAAAUUUGGCUUGUUUCACUACUCCAAUGUACAGGGCUCCUGAAAUGGUAGAUACAUGGAACAACUAUUUCAUUGGCCCCCCAGUAGAUAUUUGGGCUUUGGGUUGUAUCCUUUACACUCUAUGUUAUAUGAAACACCCUUAUGAGGACAGUGCUAAGCUUAGGAUCAUUAAUGCCAAUUAUGUACUGCCUCCUGAUCCAAAAUAUUCCUGUUUUCAUGAGAUCAUUCGUGGAUGUUUUCAGCCAAACCCAGAAAACCGUAUCACAAUAUCAGGUAUAUUAGAGAGGCUAGCUGCUAUUGCAGAAACUCGCCAAUAUAAUCUUAAGGCCCCAUUGCCAUUCAAAAAGGAACCAGCUUUAGUACCAGAACAACAGGGAAAUGGAGAUUGUGUGAGUAAUAACACUGUGGAUCAACCUAAUCCUCAACCUGUAAAUGGGACUCGUCCUCCUCAGCCUGUUCCUCCUAGACCUGCAGCUCCACCUCAGGUGCAGGUUCCGAUAAACCGCCAAUUUGAUCAACCUAAACAGGCAGGGCUAUUUUCCUCUUUAAAGGGUGGAGCUGGUAGUUUUCUAAAAAACCUUAAGGAUACUAGUUCUAAGGUUAUGGCAACCGUACAGCAAAGUAUGGGAAGGACUGAUUUAGAUAUCCACUACAUAACUUCAAGAAUUAUUGUGAUGCCUUAUCCAUCAGAAGGGAUAGAAUCAGCAUAUAAAACUAAUCAUAUUGAGGAUGUGAGACUGUUUUUAGAUACUAGACAUCCGAAUCACAGAUAUUCGGUUUAUAAUUUAACAAACAAACCGUACCAUUCAAAAUUCGGACCGGCCAGAGUGGUAGACUGUUCCUUUGCUUAUCCCAAUCAUUUUAAGGCGCCAUUACUUAAUUCAAUGUAUCAACUGUGUGAGGACAUUUAUCAAUAUUUGGCAGGAGACAGCAGAAACGUCAUUGUGAUUCACUGCACGGACGGUAAAUCCACGUCUUCAACUUUAGUAUCGGCGCUAUUGAUUUAUGCCAAUUUGUAUGAAGUUCCUGAGGAUGCACUGCAAAUGUUUGCAGUCAAACGGUGUCCUCCUAAUAUGAAAGCAUCUGAGUUAAGAUAUCUAUACUACCUCGCUGACAUAGUAAAAAAUCCACCCUUAUAUCCUCACUACAACCCUGUCACAUUAGUGUCUUUGCAAAUGACCCCUGUUCCUCUAUUUACAAAACUUCGUGAUGGUUGUCGACCCUAUUUGGAAGUGUACAGCGAAAACCGUUGUUUAUUAUCAACUAUCCAAGACUACGAAAGAAUGAGGUUAUACAAUAUGGCUGAUGGAAAAUGUCUUCUGCCUUUAAAUGGAACUGUAUGUGGUGACGUAUGCAUCGUUAUUUAUCAUGCCCGGAAUAUUUUGGGAAAGGCAACGGGCAUUAAGAUAUGCCAGAUACAGCUGCAUACAGGUUUUAUUCCUGAAGAGGAAACUUCCAUAAGGUUGCCUAUGUCAGAAUUAGAUGAGUUGGCUGAAGGACAAGACCAUUACCCGCACGGUUUUGCUGUAACACUAAACGUAUUCGUCGGAGACACAGAACGUCGUCCCGCCCAACCAGCUCCUUGGCAAACAGAUAAUCAAACGGAUCGUGUGCCUGUAACCCUGUUCACUUCCCAAAUCGAACAAGACGAAACCAUCGAUAACUUUAGGAGUAAACCGAGCAAAAAACAGGUCCAACGUCCUCCACGACCUGCACCACCCUCAAUUAAAACAACGUUACCGCCUCCUGUUGCUACAACGUUAGUUCACGAGAGUUUGGUGGAUUCUGAAGACGACAGCGAUCCAGCUUGUGAUAGGAUAAAGGACGAAGUUAAAUUCGUAGAAGAAGCGGUGGAUUUAUUGAAUUUGAAUAGUGGAUUGUCGGCUCAACCUCAGGGCUCUGUUAAGCCUUCUGCUAGUACCAAUUUUGAUCUUCUCAGUAGUCUUGGGGAUGGUAAUAAUGAUGAAUUUACCGCAUUUACUUCCGCUACAAAUCCGCCCAAGCAGAAUGCUGCUUUUGAUCCGUUUGGGUCUAUUGGUGGAGGAUCUGGUGACAGCACUAAUCUAAUAGGAGACUGGAGUAAAGCAUCGCCAAAACGGUCAACUGAAAACGCACCAAAAACUGAUUUCUUUGCAGAUUUUGGUGAUCUGGGUGGUUUUGGGUUAUCUGGACAAACAAAACCAAGUCAACCGGCAAGCGGAGGCAGGACUCCCAACGAUAAUCCUUCUACCCCUUUUAACACCCCACAACAUCAACCUGCAGGUCCUGAUUAUAGCAGGUCUCACUUUGAGCCAUUAAAUAAAUCAAACACAAACAAGGAAGAUCCAAAAACUAAAUCUAAAAGCACUGACGUGUUCGGUGACCUUUUGGGCUCCCAAGGUUAUAAUUUCGUUACGAAAAAGGACAAUUUGCCACGUUCCAUAAAUGAAAUGCGCAAAGAAGAAAUGGCCACCUACAUGGACCCAGAAAAGUUGAAAGUUAUGGAAUGGAAAGAAGGAAAGAAAAAUAAUAUAAGAGCCCUAUUAUGCUCAAUGCACACUAUAUUAUGGGAUGGUACGAAAUGGACCAAAUGCGAGAUGCAUCAGUUGGUCAGCGCUGGUGAUGUUAAAAAAGCUUACAGGAAGGCUUGUCUGGCUGUACAUCCCGAUAAGCAAGUAGGAACUGAUAACGAAAACUUAGCCAAACUGAUUUUUAUGGAAUUAAAUAACGCGUGGAGCGAUUUCGAAAAUGACGCUUCUCAACAAAACAUGUUCGCUAGGUAGAGCUUUAAGGCGAUUUAGAACAUUCAACUAGGCCAUUCCGUAAUAUCGAAUUCGUUUCAAAUUAGAUGUUUUAUAUCAGAUAGAGCGUCAAAAUGUGAUUAUGUAAUUUCGUUUUGUGAUAAAAAUUGUCUAGUCACAACCAAUCAGUUAGUUGUGACUGGACUAUACAGGGGCUGUUUCUGCUUCCAGUUAGCAGGUUAAUUUUUUUUUUUAAGUUUUGCAGCCCUGUAUAACAGAGUUUUUGCAAUAAUUUUUCUUUCAUUUCGCACACUCUUAAAAUUUUCAAAAAUUAAAUUAUAAAAAUUUGUUGAACAAUGUUAAUCAGAUUUUAAAAAUUAUGUACAGGUUAGUUAGUUCCUUAAAGGAGAUAAUGAUAUUAUUAUUUAUGUUUUUGACACUAUAUAAGAAAAUUCGUUAUAAUUGAAGCCUCAUACAAAUUAAAUGCGAAUCAUUUUGGAACGCAUUGUAUAGACAUUAGAAAAUAUUAAAAUUUUUGGGUAUAUAAAGGUGCAUUUUUUGUAACACUAGAUUUUGUUUUUAGGAGGCAAAUGAAUUAUGUCAUUAGGGUUUUAAUUAUAAUAAAUGUACUUUAAUGUGUCGGUUAUUAAAAUGUUUGACAAUAUAGGAAU